AAGGAAGACAAGCUAUUAACAGAUUGGGUGGAAUGCUGCCCAAAGGUGGCGGAAAGGGUUUAUUUACUGGCGCAGGAACUUUAAUUAUCUUAGGUGCUGCCGGUCUUGGAAUAAAUGCCAGUUUGUUUAACGUUGAUGGUGGUCAUCGCGCGAUAAAAUACACCAGGCUUUUCGGAGUCAAAAAAGACAUCUAUAAUGAAGGUACACACUUUAUGAUUCCAUGGUUUGAAACACCGGUCAUUUAUGAUGUGAGAGCAAAACCAAGAAAUAUUGCGUCUUUGACUGGCACAAAAGAUCUUCAAAUGGUCAAUAUUACAUGUCGUGUUUUGUCCAAACCAAAAAUUGAUUCUUUACCUACAAUCUACCGAAAUCUUGGAACUGAUUAUGAUGAAAGAGUUCUUCCGUCUAUUGUUAAUGAAGUACUCAAAUCUGUUGUAGCACAAUUUAAUGCAUCGCAAUUAAUCACUCAACGCGAACGAGUUUCGCGUCUUGUGAGAGAAAAUUUGACACGCCGUGCACUAAGGUUUAAUAUCAUCCUGGAUGAUGUUUCCAUUACGCAUGUUGCAUUUUCCCCUGAAUUCACUCACGCAGUUGAAGCUAAGCAAAUUGCCCAGCAAGAAGCUCAGCGUGCAUUUUUUGUGGUGGAAAGCGCUAAACAGGAAAAGCAGUCUAUCAUUAUUAGAGCAGAAGGAGAAGCUGUAUCGGCAGAGUUAAUUGGUGAGGCAAUUAAAAACAAGCCUGGAUUUAUUGAGUUGAGAAAAAUCGAAACGGCUAGAGAUAUUGCUGCGAUUAUAGCGAAAUCUCAGAAUCGCGUAUUAUUGGAUUCCGAAGCUUUAUUGUUAAAUGUUGCUGAUCCGGAAAGGCACAAGAAGGAUUCAAAUCGAAAAUAAGCGUUUGAAUUUCAUUUGGAAUAAAAACCAAUUAAACUAAUAAAUUCAUCUUAAAUAUUGAAUAAAAAAAGUAAUUUUAGUGGAAGGCCUUUCAGUUAUAUAUCGAAAAGAAUUUAAUUACCUUAAAUUCUGACGCGUCAUAAGACCAAAUAAAUGAAUCUUUAAUUUUUGUUUGAUUAAAAAAAUCUUAGAUGUAAUAUAAUAUGACUACUCUUGUAUGGAAAAACAAAUACACAGUGAAAUUCGAUAAACCGGAUCUAUCGGUUCCACUAAAAAUAUCCGGUUUAUCGGGAUAUCCGGUAUAGCGAAAAAAUUUCGAUAUAUUGGAAAUCUAUUA